AUGCAAAUCGAUUUGGCCACGAAGCAUCUGAAAGGUCUUAACGUAUUCUUUGCGGAAUACAGAAAUGAAGGGUUUAGCAAAGCUAUGAUCGCAGUAAAUGAAGUUGCAAAGGAAAUGGACAUAACACCUGAUUUCAAAUCAUCAUGCAGGCGCAAAAAACGGAAAUUAUUCGAUUAUGAAGGACAGGAUGAAUCAUCGACGAUCAGAUUAGUAUCCUUUAAAAGUAGAUUCGAAUUAUAUGCAAAUCACCAAAAUAUUUUUGGUUUUCUAUACAUGAAUGAGAUUGGGAAUUUAGAUGAUGAAUAUUUAUUAAAGUGUUGUCAAGAUCUUCACUUACAUUUGAAAGGAGAUUUCGACGGAACUGAAAUGUUUGAAGAAAUUAAGAUGUUCCGGUCAAUAACGCAAACCUAUUAUUCGGUUUUAGAUUCGAUGAAUUACAUUGUAAAGAACAAUCUCUCGGAAGCAUAUCCAAAUUUAUUAAUCGCAUUACAAAUUAUGUUAACGACGCCAGUAACCGUGGCUUCAGCAGAACGCCCCGCCAAAUUUUUGAACCCGGCCCUGGGCAUGGUCUCAGAAUCUUUACUGCAAUCUUCAGAAGCGUGGUUUCCACCACAUUUAACACAUUUUGGAUUUUUAAAGCAAUUUCCAGAAGCGUGGCCGUAG